GGCUGAUCAGCUGUUCACACUCAUGAUCAGACUCAGACUUCUCCUACAGUCAAACGUGAGAUUGUGGUUCGCGAGUCACGACGCUAGCAUACGCCAUCCAUCUCACAACAGAGAGGAGACGUUGUGGUCGGAUUCGAGAGCGAGAGCAUUCAAAUUCGUGAUCGCAAUGCCGACUUCACCACUCUCUUCUGGCGCCGGCGCAGGUGUGGGACGAAGGACGACGGCGAGGAUGAUGUUUCAGAUGAGCCACCCCGCCUGCACGUCUUGGCCACCACGUCUCCUGCCGCGCUUACUGCGAAGCCCGUCGUUCAGCACGCAGACAAGCUGCUCGAAGUGCCAGGCAAGCCCAAGUAAGGCUGGCCCUACGUUGCCCGCCAGGACGCUUGCUACUGCCACGUUACGUGAGCCUCGUGUCGCGGCUCAUCACUACGCAUCCAAGCGGUCCUUCUCUAGCAGCGCUUGGCGACGCUCCACAACCCCAUCGUCAAUCUCUGCACAACUCGAUACUCGGACAGCAAAGCUUUCCCUCUACCUCAUGGCCGCAGCGCUGGCAGGAUGCUGCACGCUUUGGAUGAUGGGAACCGGCACCGUUGCCGCCGACGCGGGUGACGACAAUUUGGUGAAAGCUGAGCGUCGGAGCAUCGCCAGUGGCAAGGUGGUGUCUGUCGAUGAUCUGAUCAAGCACGAUGGCAAACACGGCAAAGAAACCUGGGUGGCCAUCGAUGGCAACGUGUACGACGUCACCAAUUUCCUGACACAGCAUCCGGGUGGUGCCCAUGUGAUUCGGAAGGCGGCAGGAAAGGAUGCUACUGAGCUGUACACGCCUAUCCAUCCUCCAGACGCCAUAAAGACGUUGCCCGAUGAGGCUCAUGUGGGGUCGCUAAGUGGCGAUGAGCAAGCACCCAAAGCUAGCGAUUCCGAUGCGCAAGCCCCAAGGAAGCUGGCUGCAGACGAGCUGCCGGUCGUGGGCAGCGUGCUGAAUUUAGACGAGUUUGAGAGCAUAGCAAGAAGGCACCUGUCUCAGCAAGCCUGGGCCUACUAUUCCUCGGCUGGUGACGAUGAAGUUUCUGCGCACAACAACAGAGCUGCGUACAAUCGCAUCAUGUUUAGGCCAAGGAUACUUCGGCACGUUGGAGAAGUAGACGCGUCAACGAAGAAGCUUUUUGGCGGCGGCACGAAGGACCAUCUACCUUUUUACAUUUCCCCAGCUGCGCUUGCCAAGCUCGGCCACCCCGAUGGCGAGCUCAAUUUGACGCGAGCAGCUGGUCUCGGAAAUGUGGUCCAGGGUAUAUCUGCCAACGCAUCUUGCGGCUUGGAUGACAUGCUGGAUGCACGAGCUGAUGGUCAGGCUGUUGUCUACCAGCUCUACGUCAAUCGCGACCGUUCCGCGUCAGAGAAGAUUUUGACAAGCUGCGAAGAGAGGGGCGUGAAAGCUGUAAUGCUGACAGUUGACGCAGCAGUAAUGGGCAAACGGGAACGUGAUAUGAGAGCAAAGGGAGAAGUUGUUGAUGUGGGAGGUGACACCGGACGGGAUGAGAAGGCACAAGGCGUAGCUGCCGCCAUCAGUGGCUACAUAGACCCGAAUCUGGAUUGGAGCAUCGUGUCAUGGUACACAAAAUCCUGCUCCCUUCCUCUCUACAUCAAAGGCAUACAGAGCGUGGCCGAUGCGCGCUUAGCUGCCAGCACACCAGGGGUCAGCGGAAUAAUCCUCUCGAAUCACGGCGGCCGGAGUCUCGAUUAUUCUCCUGCGCCCAUCGAUGUUCUGAUCGAGCUGCGAGAGCAUCAUCCUGAAACAUUCGACAAGCUGGAAAUUUACAUCGAUGGGGGCAUUCGACGAGGCACAGAUGUGCUGAAGGCACUCGCUCUCGGCGCUACCGGAGUAGGUCUAGGUAGACCUUUCCUGUAUGCUCAGUCAGGAUAUGGCCAGGAAGGUGCGAUCCGAGCAAUUGAUAUCCUUCGAGAUGAGAUCGAGAGAGGAAUGCGCCUGCUUGGCGUCACGAGCUUGGACCAGCUUGGACCUGAGUACGUGGAUAUACUACCCAGGAUGCCGCCUCCAUUGUACGCGCAGCCUCGCGAACCACAGGACGCUUUUUGAAUGCAUUUGACAUUGCGCUAGCGCCCAGACUGGC